GUCUUUGGCUUUCCUGCGUCUCCCGAGCUACCGGUGACUGGACAGAAUUUGGGUUUCCUCGAUCAGCGAUUUGCACUCCACUGGGUACAGCGCAACAUCCACACGUUUGGCGGUGAUCCAACUAAAGUGACCAUCUUCGGCGAAAGCGCUGGAGCCUUCUCCGUCGAUGCGCUUCUGACCAGCUACCCCAAGAAUAGUAAGCCUCCGUUCCGAGCUGCCAUUUUGCAGAGUGGUCAAUACAGCUACCGUUCGGCUCCGCCGACUUCCAGUGUCCCAGCGUGGAACAAUCUCACAGCAUCCCUCGGCUGCCCCGGCACUCACGGCAGCAACCUGACGUGUGUGCGAGCGUCGAAUGCGACAGAAGUUAAGAGGAUCAUCGAAGUCAACUCGCUGAUCUUCAAUCCGGUUGCUGAUAAUGUGACCCUUUUUUCGAAUCCAGCUGCGCGCAGGCUAAGCGGCAACAUCUCGAACAUCCCUGUUCUGGGAGGUUCAAACUCGCAGGAAGGACGAGUCUUUGCGGUGGGGCAAACCAACUUGACGGCUUACCUGCAAACCACCUUCAGCGCAGCCCCUGCACUUAUUUCAGCAAUUGCGGCAGCCUACCCCAUCGGCAGUCCGGGAAUCAACAACGGUUACGACGCAAUCUCCGCAGUGAUAACUGAUUUUGCCUUUCAGUGCCCUGCAGCACUCUGGGCAAACGCCACCGCCAGCGUCGGCAUACCCACCUGGCGCUACUACUUCAACGCCUCCUUCACCAACACCCAAGCCUACCCGCAACUCGGUGCCUACCACGCCUCGGAAAUCCCGCUCGUUUUUCGUACUUAUCAAAAGGCCAACAUCACGACUCAGGAGUUUGCGCUGUCCUCUUUUAUGCAAGGCGCUUGGGCGCGCUUCGCGAAGAACCCCUUGGCAGGUCCAGGAUGGAACCCCGUGGGCACUGGUCGAGCUGGUCCAGUGCUUUCCGGAGCGUAUGAACAGGUCACUGGUGGCUGGCACUACGGCACCAGCGGGAAUGUGACAACUGGGGAUUGGAAUCUUGGUGUAUUAGGUGAUGUCGGCAGGGUGAAAGGUGCUGGUGUAAUAGUCUCCCCGCAGAGCCAGUUGGACUACAGAUGCAACUUGUACAGGCCCAUCUACCAGGCUGUCGUUGGAACUACUGGCAUUCCACCGUCGUCGUUGGAUUCAGGGUCAGGGUUAGGACACCUUUGA